AUGGAUGCAAGGAGACGCUGGCUCUGGGAGGGUGGGGACAUGGGACUCCAGCACAGCUCUUCUCCGUGGUACUUGCUGCAGUUUGGGUCCUCAAAGUCCCCUGGAGUCCCAUGUACUGAAGGCUUGGUUGGCAGUCUGGAGACCCAGGUCGGGGAGCCUGUGGGAGCCGGGGCUGCGUGGGCAGAAGGCUUCACCCCUGGUGGCCCACCCUUGGGAAAGGUCAGCAUCAGCACCAUGAAAGUUGCCCUCACGGCCGCCAUCUUCGCAGCUCUUGUAACUGCCACUGCAGAAUCCCUGAGUUGUAUGCAGUGUAGCUCGUGGUCAGGAGCCUGUGCCAAUGAGAACGCCACAGAGUGUACUUCAGGAGCUGACACCAGCUGCGUGAGUUCCGCGGCCAGCUUCUCUCUAGGAGAAUUCCUCAGGCUGUACCAGGACAUGUCCUGCUCAGGACAGAACUGCACGCAGGAGCUGGAUCCCUUCACUGUCCACGUGGCUUCUGGGAAGCACGUCCACUUCGCCAGCCAGUGCUGCCAAGGACAGCCCUGCGGAAAUGACAGCGAUGUCCUGGAUGACGGGUCCAGCAACACCAUGUGCCCUGCUUGCUAUGGACUCAACACGACUUCCUGCAGCGAGAAGACCCACAGGUGUAGUUGGGGACAGCAGUGUGUCCAGAUAGAGGUGGACUUCACGAAUGGUACGUCUAGGAUUCAGCACCUCCUGCUGAAAGGCUGUUCCGACAUCAGUAACUCCACCUGUCAGCUCCUGGGCACUGCCAACCAGACAGUCGGGGGAAUCAUCUUCCGACAGGUCCAGUGUUCACAAGCCUCCUUAGUCCCCAACACCAGCGGCAGCUUCAAAGCCUCCCUCAGCUCCUGGGUCCUUGGUAGCCUCCCCCUGCUGGGGCUGCUGCUCUGAGGUCCUGGGCCUCUGCCUCACUUGGGGACACGCCCACCCUUCUGUUCUCCUCCC